GUUAUCUGCUCUUAGUAGACGUAUGCAAUGGCGGAUCCUGAAACUUUUCACAAACUGAAGAAAUAUAAAGCGUAUCUAGAGUCACAUCCAUACGGGAAUAAGGUGCUGCUGGUUCUCAAUAAGCUGUCCGUCCUCCAAGUUUCCAUAUCACUGUUGCAGGAAACUGGACUAGGCAAGCUAGUAAAUGGAUUCCGCAAGAGAGACACUGAAAUAGGUGCCAGGGCAAGAGAACUGGUAGCCAGAUGGAAGAAUCAAGUUGCCGAUGAGGCCAGCACCUCGAAGAAGAAAGGUUCCUCCAGGCGUUCACCCACUCCACCCCCCUCCCCGUCCCCCGAACGAUCACCCUCCCCCUCCCCUGAACGUUCACGCUCCCCAUCCCCUGAACCAUCACGCUCCCCAUCCCCUGAACCAUCCCGCUCCCCUUCUCCUGAACCAGAACGAGAACCAGAGCAUGACUCAGGAGAUGAAUCAGACAGGAGGUAUUCCUCAGCAGGAGAUCAGUCUCCAGGAGACAGUGGAGGAGAAGAGGAGCAGGACUAUGAGGAACCACCACGCCGACCCAAAAACAUGUUUAUUGACAGUGAUGAGCAUACCUCAGAGAGUGAGGAGGAGGAGGACGACGUGCAAUCAAACGAAAGUUCACCAGAGAGAGGGAGACGUGGUUAUCAGGAGAGCCCUGAUAGAAAAAGGCAUGGCCAUAGUCCUGAUAGGGGGAGACACCAUUAUCAGGGGAGCCCUGAUAGUGGCAGUGAAGGUUAUCAAGAUAGUCCAGACAGGAAGAGUCAUGGUUAUCAAGAUAGUCCAGAUAGAAUGAGACAUGGUUAUCAAGAGAGUCCAGACAGGAAGAGACAUGGUUAUCAGAACAGUCCAGAGAGAAAGAGACAUGGUUAUCAGAACAGUCCAGAUAGAAAGAGACAUGGUUAUCAGAACAGUCCAGACAGCGGAAGACAUGCAUCAUACAAAGAGGCAAAGAAGCAGAAAUACAGGGAAAGUCCACAACACUCCCCAAAGAGGGAUUUAAAACACAAAUAUAGAGAUAGUCCACAACACUCCCCAAAGAGGGAUCUUAAACACAAGCAUAGAGAUAGCCCACAACACUCCCCAAAGAGGGAUCUUAAACAUCAACAUAGAGACAGCCCACAAUACUCCCCAAAGAUGGAUGUUAAACAUAAACAUAGCGACAGCCGUGAAGUGUCACUUUCUAGGGAAGACAGGCACAGAAUGAAGGAGAAACAUGACCCCAAGAAAGAGAAGUAUAGAGAAGGUUCCUCAUCAGACAGGACUAAACAUUCCAGUAAGGAGAAAAGUCACUCCAGUUCAAACAGACUGGAGUCUCCUAAGCCACAAGAUGUUAGAUCAAAACACACUGAUCAUCGAUCAUCAAAACACAGUGACAGUGGCAGUAGAUCUGUGGGUAGUAAUGGGAAGCCAAAGCAUAGUGAUCCUAAGAAACAGGAAAUUAAAGAUCAGAGAAAGGAACAAAAAAGUGAUGUUGACAAGCACCGGAGAGAUAAAGACUCCAAACCUAGUUCUUCACAUUCCGGCUCUAAAUCUGGCAGCGCCAAACCUUCCAAGGAUGAUAUGUAUUCCUCUGCUAGUUUGUUUACUCCGGAAAAAGAUGAGAAGAUUGUGUCAAAAAAGAAAGCCAAACCUGUAUCAGGUCAUGGAGCCUCAGUGUUUGAUUUAUUUAGUGUUGACAAAUCUGAGAAAGUCAAAACGGUUUCGAAUAAACCAAAGCCUAAACCAGUGAAUCCUACAGGUGCUUCUUCCAAACCUACAUUGCCUAAACCAGAGAGAACACAUUCUCCUAAGCCUUCUCACUCUUCUAAAGCCAACUCUCAUUCUAAUGCUGUGCCUAGUAAACAUGAAAAGUAUUCAGUCUCAGGGAAUAGUCACAUGAAGUCAGAACACAGGAGUGACAAACAUUCUUCCAAUGUGCCGAAAAAGGACAAACAUAGGGAUGAGAGUCGAGAGGUGAAGGAACUUAAGGAGAGGUCUAAGCAUGAUGUACAACGGUCCAAAGACCGGCACUCAAAGACCAGUGCUAGUGACCCUCAUUCCAAGAGUAGCAGCAGGGAUAGUCAUUCAGGGAGUAGUGGAGCUGUUCAGAAUAGUGGGAAGGACAGUUCUAAAAGUAGUGACAAGAAGAAGAAGGUAGAAAAACGGAAACAUGUGGAGUUAGAUGACAACAAUAUGUCAUUUGAUGAUUUUUUGAAGUGUGAUACUUCAUCGGCACCAAAGAGACCCAAAACGAUGGCAGCACCUGUCGAGAAUAAAAUGAAUUAUGACAAGUUUAAAGUGAAGAAAAAGACAGAGAUGAAACCGGUGAGGGACGAGAGUCCUGUCCUGCAACCCGAAGCAGGAACAUCAGGCUUUGGGGUGCCCCCAGCACCGAAAGAUGUGAGGAUCACGGAGCAGGACAUCCUGGGCUACCUCCCAGAGACUCACGCUCACUACAGGCCGUGGAGGUUCAACGAGGUGGAGAAGAAGCAAGUGCAUGACCCAGCGAAGGUUGGCUUCAAAUCCAAUACCCGCACACAGGUGUACUCAGGCAGAAAACACACCACGACAACAAUGAAGCCUCUAUUUGACAUCUGUAUGCAAGUCCUUAUAGAUAACAUUGAUUCCAUUGACUAUGUGGGUGGUAUUCCUGCUGACAUCUUGAUGCCUGUGCUGAAGAGAUGCACCGCCACACAGCUCUACAACAUGGAGGACUGCAACCCUCAUUUUCUGGAGGAUACGGACGACCUGUGGCACAAGCACUGUGAGAGAGACUUUCGGAAGGAGGGACCGGAGGAGAUGGAGACAUGGAGGGAGAUGUACCUGCGUUUGCUGGAUGAAAGGGAAGCAAAGUACGAAAGACUGAAGGGACGCAUGUCUAAAACUGUCAAGAAACUGGAUACAACAGCCAAGAAGGUGAAGCUGGCGUAUGUGGACAGCGUGGCGAAGCCGCCCAGAGAAGUCAAGCGCAUGCAGCAGAAGUACGGGACUGCCACCAUCUCCACGGCGCCGAACAAGGGCAACGUUGAUAUGUGCUGGUCCCGCUCUAAAGCCCCGGUUGCUACUCGGCCUGUGCCUCCUUCGAAACCGAUAAGGAGAGUGGCACCGAUGAUGCAGAAGACAAUGAAGAUGAUCAAGAAACUGAAAAGAUAGAGCAACUCUCACUCUGACCGGCAGCACUUGCAGCAUUCCUUGAUUAACACCACUGUCAGAUGACCUAUAUCCCUGACAGGGACUCGGAUGUGUGAACUCCAGACACAGGGCUGGACACCUUGACCAACACCUGGUAUAACCAACCACCAGUCAUACCAACUCAGUUGACACCUGAUUGAAAAUGUGCAUUGUUACAUGACCCGACACCUGGAGGAUAACUGGUAGAAAUACCAGACUAGACACCUUGAUGGACACCUGAUUUAUAACUGGUAUGGACACCAGAUUGGACAUGGUCAAGGGGUACUGGUAGAAAUACCAGACUGGACACCUGAUAGGAAACUGGUAUUGUCAAAUGUCUUGACACUAUUUGGUGUAUAAAUACCACAUGGAAAUGUGAUAUAAAUACCAAGCGGGACCCAAAGACUGACACAUGUUCGGACACUUUGACACAUGACAAAACAUUAGGUUGACCACUUGAUUGGUCAAUGAGAUUUAUGUAUUAUUGAAAACGGCUAUGAGCACCAUCAAGAAAGAUAAGAUUGACCACAGACGUACUGAUGGCAGAUUUGAAUUUCAGUUGGAAGACUUCAAUGAAUUUGCAGAGACUGAUUUUGCCCCAUGGCGGGGCACCUGGAUUCACAUUCAAAUGGACAUCCAACCUGGCGACAUAAUUAUGUUGCCUGAAUAAUAAAGUAUGUUUGGAUUUCCCUUCUGUACUCAUCAAACAUGUCAGGCAGGACUAGAACUUGAAAUAAAACUCAAAAUUGCA